CACGUGACGCAGUGCUCACUCAACCAGUGAAAGAACACGCUAACCUGCUUGAGGUCAGCGGUGUCACCUGUCUCACAGCAAUCUGUGCCAAGAUCCGCUGAUUGAAUCAGGACCUGAACCUUCCCUCCUUCUGCCACUCCCCUCUUCUCAUUCAGAUCGAAGCAUAUGUUUGUUAGACAGGCGUCGGGCUCGUUGAGAUUUCGGCUGGAUACCGAGGGUUUAUUUUUUAAGUUUAUCAGACUAUCAACGGGAUGCAACUCUUCAGAGGAAAACUGUCUGCGUGGCUGUGACGUCCCUUGGAGGAGAUGGCUGUAAAGACUAUGAAGGAAAUCAAUAUUGGCAACCAUCUCCAUAAUUCUUCAGAAGAUGACUCGCUGGAGAACAUCAGCAACAGGCUGGAGGAGGUGCAGUCGAUGGUCAAACCCAAAGCCGAGUUCUCGACCCUGCUGAAGGAUUUGCCGUCGGAGCAGAAGGACCGUAUUCUUAAGCUGGCAUAUACAAACGCAGAUGUGUUUAAGCGGGAUAGAAGGAAGGACUGGAAGCCUCAAGACCGUCUUCUGUCUGCCAUCCGCACCGUGUUCUUAAUGACAUGUGCCUGUGUCAGCAGCCGCCGGUACUUCAACUCAGCUGACCCGGAAGCAGGGCCUGCUGUCAUGCGCAAACAACGAAAACUCCACGCAGAAGGAAGUCGUGGGAAAGGUGUUGGUAAAUAUAGUCUGAGCUCAGAGAUGCAGCUUGCCUUGACAACGCCACCAGAGUACAGGACUCACCAGCAUCUUAAAAGGGUCCAGUGGUUGCUACGAACAACAAAAGCGUUUCAGCAUCUGUUCCCUGAGGAGCUGGAGAAAGACGUGGCUAUGGUGGUAGGAUACGAGAGGUAUGAUGACAACAGGCACAUUGCAUACCAAGGCCGCGCUCCCGAACGGUUCUAUUACGUCUUGGCCGGCAGGGUUCAACAGCUCAAAGAGUACAAGCUCAGUCUGGGCUGCAUCAUCAAGCCAAUGGGCUUCAUGAACAAAAAUGCAACAUCAGACCCAGAGGAGCUGGAGCAUCAGUGGCUCCGCGAAUAUCAUCUGGUUGCCAAGGGAACCGUGGAAGUUCUUACCGUCCAUAGAGAUGACUUUAUUCGGCUGCAGCACACCGUUCAAGGGCCACCCAUUGAUUUCCUGUGGUCGAUCGAGCUGUUCAAGGAGUUCCCGUGUGAUCUGUUUCUUCAAAACCCGGAUGCCAUCGACUUCAAGUAUUAUGGGCAAAACCGUGUUGUGGCGAAGGAUAUCAACAAAACACCUUGGCUGUAUGUAGUUAAGUCGGGCUUUGUCAAAGUUGUGCGCGCGCAGCGUGUCAUCGACGUCCAGAACGAAAACAAGUUCGCGCUGCAGCCCACCGAGGAGCUGGGAUGUGGUCGCUCCUUCAGCCACGCGCAUGCUAUGCUGGAUUUACUGGCCAAGCAGCGCAGGAUGAAGACCGACACGGACAUCGUCCUGCCGGAGCUACACGUGUGUUGUAGUUGCUUGCGGCGACGGGGAGCUGAUGGCGGUGGAAGGAAAGGAGUGAGAAGAAAGUCUAGGAGCAUGCAGGAGAAACACAUAAAUUCCGAGUUUGCGGGCAGUGUGCCGGUCAUUACUGUAGAGGAGCACCACGACCAUGACAACAACACGGCGACGUCACCGUCACCGUCACUCAAAGCCAGCUCCACGUCUGUCCUGCCGCCCAUCAGCCUCAGCUUCCACGAGCCCAACAUCAGCAAGACCAACAGCUACAGCAACAAGACCCACGUGGUGCGCAGCGUGCCUGUGGGCGGGAGCAGGAGAGGGAGCACCAACAUCCUGGUCCCGCGCGGCACCUUCCUCACCCGGGAGAGGACGGAGGCAGGUUCGGGUGCAGGGGCAUCGCCUCUGCUUCUUCCAUCCGGGGUGGCGCUGGGCAAGAAGCCCAAGAAGGAGCCCAUCAUGCGGAGAGCUUACCUGCAGCUUGACCUCCUCCGACCCGGCGACGUCUUCGGCUUGGAGGAUAUAGCUGAGAAAUUCCGUUACCGAGAGGAUGAUGAAGAGGAGGGUCUGGAGCACUUCGACUCUCCGACAAACCCAGAUCAUCAAGGUCCACCCAUCAGCCUGGUGAGCGAUGGCGCGGAGCUGAUCAAGAUCAACAAGAGGUUUUUCAUGCAGCACGCGCAGAAUAACACCAUGUUGCGCGUGGAAACCAUGCAACGAUCCUACCUGUCAACCGAAGAAGCAAAACCUCUCUACGACAAAGAAACAUGGAGUCAAUACAAGAACAUCCUUAUGCAGCGUUUGAUCGCCAGCCUGUCCAGGUAGCACUAGGGUGUCCUCGUGC